CUCCUUCCUUCCCCAUUCCUUCUCCCCUCCCACCUCCCUUGCCUCUCGCUCUCUUUGCAGCGCUGCUGGCGGGGAGUCGCGCUCACCGCAGCUGGAAACAGCUGCCCCCGCCCGGCGCCCCUUCCCGCCUCUGGCUAACUGCUCCCGCUUUCGCGCUUCUCGGAAUUCCAGAAUUCGGGCUGCAGGAUCCUGGAGAACCGUAGCCGGUGCGAUGCAUUCCGUAGACCUCGCCCGGCCGGGACCGACCUCCUAAUUUCCAGAACUGCGGGCCGCAGGGAGUUAAUUUGCUGCCUACCUACCCUUCUCUCUUGCGGUUGGUGGCUUGUUUUCUAAAGGAACGUUUUAUUCACUUUUUAGUAUUUUCUACCGGGGACACGCUACCAGCCUCGGUUCGGACACUGCUUUGUAAAUGGGUUUUAUAUGUAUGUAUGUGUAGAAAUACUUUGGACACCAUACAACGCCUGCGCCUCUCCAGACGGGUACGGCUUGUUAUUUUGGACAUUCGUCUUCCACUUGGUACCCCGAACGCAGUGUGACCAAACUCCUCACUGCCCCUUGGACGCCGAUUGCCUUGGGGUGCAGGCGUCUAGUUUGCAGGAAGGCUUGGGACCGCCCCGCCCCCGGCGCCAGCGGUCAGGGAAGUUUACAUCUGGAUUUUCACACAUUUUGUCGCCACUGCCCAGACUCUGACUAACCUUGUGGGCGCCGGGUUUUCGGUCCUGCGGCCUCUUCAAAUAUUAGCACUGCCUCUCCCCAGCCUGCCCUGUCUCUUCGGGCCGCCGAGGUUCUGCCCUCGCCCCGACUGAGCGCGUUCCCGAGGGCGCACGGGAGCCGGGGGCCUGGGGCCCGCGCUAAGCAACCAUGGCUGCGGCGAUAGCCAGCUCGUUGAUCCGGCAGAAGCGGCAGGCGAGGGAGUCCAACAGCGACCGGGUGUCGGCCUCCAAGCGCCGCUCCAGCCCCAGCAAAGACGGGCGCUCCCUGUGCGAGAGGCACGUCCUCGGGGUGUUCAGCAAAGUGCGCUUCUGCAGCGGCCGCAAGAGGCCGGUGAGGCGGAGACCAGAACCCCAACUGAAAGGAAUUGUGACAAGGUUAUUCAGCCAGCAAGGAUAUUUCCUGCAGAUGCACCCAGAUGGUACCAUUGAUGGGACCAAGGACGAAAACAGUGACUACACCCUCUUCAAUCUGAUCCCUGUGGGCCUGCGUGUGGUGGCCAUCCAAGGGGUGAAGGCUGGCCUCUAUGUGGCCAUGAAUGGUGAAGGCUAUCUCUACAGCUCAGAUGUUUUCACUCCAGAAUGCAAAUUUAAAGAAUCUGUGUUUGAAAACUACUAUGUGAUCUAUUCUUCCACACUGUACCGUCAGCAAGAAUCAGGCCGAGCUUGGUUUCUGGGACUCAAUAAAGAAGGGCAAAUUAUGAAGGGAAACAGAGUGAAGAAAACCAAGCCCUCAUCACAUUUUGUACCAAAACCUAUUGAAGUGUGUAUGUACAGAGAGCCAUCAUUACAUGAAAUUGGAGAAAAACAAGGGCGUUCAAGGAAAAGUUCUGGAACACCAACCAUGAAUGGAGGCAAAGUCGUGAAUCAAGAUUCUACAUAGCUGAGAAUGCUUCUCUACUACCUUCUCUCAUCCCUUUCCUUUCUCUUCCCUCCCCUUUACCCAUUCCCUUCCAAUAAAUCCACCCAAAGAGAGGAAAAUAAAAUGGCAACGCAGGACCUAGUGGCUAAGAUUUGGCACUCAAAAUCUUCCUAUGUGUAGGACAAGAAAGUUGAACCAAAGGUUGCCUGUUGCAAUGUGGUAUAAAAUGCACAUGCACAAAAAUUAGCACACAUAAAAACAAAGGUAAAAUAAACCAGGAUUCCACAAACAUUAUAAGGUAAACUGCUGUGUUAUUAAUAGAGGGCUAAUUGUAACAAAGACAUUAUAUAAUAAAGAUGAAUUACAGUUAUUACCUUAAAGAAAAGGGUUUGAGAAUUAAACUUAAAAAUUGAUGUAAUAUCCUAAAUAGCUUGAAUUCUGGAUAAUGCUGUGAUAUGUGGCUUUGUAUUGAUUUUGCAAUUUCUUUCAGUAUCUACAAAUUGACACAUAAUUACAUCUAUUUCCAGGAUUUGUCUUUAACCAUGAAAUUGAACAUGUAUGAAUUACGGACUCUUCUAAUGCCUCUAAGGUAUAUAGCCAGGAACCAUUUAAUACCAAGAAAAGUUUUAAAAAUUAUUCUUGACACCAUUAUUUAAAAUUGUUUUACACAAAAGAAUAUUCUUGUAUUGAAUCUAAUGGUAUUAGCUGAUGCCAUUCAUUCAUAAAAAGAGUUUCAGAUCCUCCUAGGAGAAUAUAUUUUUAUCAAAAGUUUUAAUCCAGGAUCUCAUAUUUUUUAGUCAUUUAGAAAAAAGUUCUUGCUCUAAAGCUGAAGAAACUUUGGGGAAUUAUUUGUCAUUACCAUGUCCAGGCAGUAAGAUAGAAGUUACUUACUCUUACCAUUUGGUCAGAUUUUUUGCUUGUGGACAUCAUUGAGAGUGUAGGUGCAUGUUAUUUGUCUUAGGGAGUUUUGUACCAUCCCUUGCAGCAGGAAAGAAGGAAGAGGGGUUUUAUAUAAGGUAAUAAAUCCUAGCAAAUUGAUGAAAGUAAACUGCAUUUGCCUUUGUACCUUACCAGAGGUUUAUGUAUAUAGCAUUUUCCAAACUCUGCCAAGAAAUUGGGAGUCAUUGCUGUGAAAUUCCUAACUUACUCUCUUAUGAAGUCAGUGGCUUUUUUUUUUCUGUAUAUCCUCAUUGAUAAAUCUGGUUAACAGUAAGUCUGUCUCCUAGAACACAGAAUUUUACUAGAAAUGCUGAAUUUUUUAGGGGUGUAGAGAAGCAAUAUGGAAUUAACAGCUAUGGCUCCAAUAGACAGGACUGUGUGAUUGACUUAAAACAGUGAAAAAGAACUCAGUGUAAGAGCAGGCAAAUGAACAGUUAGGAAUACUAAUGUGCUGAAAAAAAAAUUGAGGAAGAAACGAAUGUUUUACAAAUGGCUUGGAAAAAUUGAUUAACUUAGUCAUACAAAUUAGGAAUGGUGUAAAGACACCCAAAUUUUAAAAAAACAAAACAAAUCAAAACAGAAUGUUAGAAAAAAAUGUAUGCAGAUUUAUGGAUAUUAUCAAUGAGAAGACUUAGCAUGUAACUUCUCCUAUAGUUCUCCUGUCCAGCAUGUACUGUUCCAAAUAUGACUCCCUAAAAUAUAUACACUUUGCAGAAGCUCUAGGUCCUCACCUCAGUGACCUUGUCAUUGGUUGCUGUAUUUUUUCAAGGUCAACAUAGUUUCCCUUACUCUACACAAUCAUUAUUCUUCAACAGUGGUUCGUGUCCUUCACCAAAUAUCCUACUUAUGUUAUCAGAGGUUAGCUGAAAGUGAAAGGGAGGAAUUUGCCUAAUUAGUUGCCACAAACAAAAAUUAUGCAUCUAGGCAAGGAUUCUGAACAGAGUUGCAAGAGAUAUACUAGGAAACUAAAAAAUAAAGAUAUUAUUAUUUUUUUAAAAGGAAUGUUGCCCUUCUAGGAAAAGAAUACCCUUAAAAUAAAAACAAAUCUGGCUAUAUUUCUCCUUGUCACUCUUGAUUCAACUAGAUUAUAAAUGCACCUGUUAUUUCCAAGUACCAAACAAAUUUCAAGAAUAAAACUUUAUUUUCUAUGAAAGAAUAAAAAAUGAGGCUUCUACCAAAUGGAUCACAGGCUCUUUUAGCAGGAAAUGACUUGAAGUUUUGUGGUGAUACACAUGUGCACACACAUACACCCCACACAUUCAACAGGAACACAAUAGACAGUUUCACAGAAUGAUUAUCAACUACACUGAUGAAUUCAUGACAGAACAUAUUUAAUCCAGUUAAUUAUGAAAACUAUGAUACAGAUACAAAUCUCCAACCAAAUUUCUCUCUAUUUUCAAUGGCUGUCCGUCAUGUAUCAUCUAGACUCGUGUUUGUCUCCUUUCUGGUAGUAGAUGAGAAGCAGAAUUUUAACCACCCAAUUUGUAUAUUUUUUCUCCAAAUCAUGGUAAAUAAAUGCUCAUCACAGUAAAUGCUUUGGAAAUCAGCUCUAUCUUAUUUCCAUUUCAUUUUACAGAAUGAAUUAGAUACCUCAUAUUUCUUUUACACAUUGAUCUGACAAAAAUUGUGAUUCAGAGUACAGGGUAAACAUUUGCUUAACCACUGCUUACUUUUUAAGUCAUAAAACCUUUAAUAGAAAAAGUCAGUAUUCACUUCUAGGUUUUUUAAAAUGUUAAUAUAAAUAUCUAAUCCCAUUUUCUGCAAAAAUAUGAACCAGUUUAAAUGUUUUGUUUCCCAGUUUUCUUCCUGGUAAAAUAAUUCUCUAAUUUUUGUCAUUCCCAUUUCUGGGUCUCCAAUUCAUCCAUUGCUUAUUAUCCUAUAAGUCAAAUAUGCAUUUUUAAUGCAUGGGGGUAUUCUGAGGAAAAAAUACGGCCUUUAGUAAAGCUUUGUAAUUGGCUGUGUAGAUGUGAGUUAAGAUGUGUUUAUUCUAAGAGUCCUUAUUACAACUUGUUUCAAAAUCAGUAGGCUUAAGAAUGAAAACAAAACUUUUGAGAGUCUCACAGAAUAGUUUUCUGGUCAAUAGACCUUGAAUUUUAAGCUAGAAGUUUGAAGUUUAAAAACAAAAUGGUGCUGAAGUUCCAAUUGCUAAUUCAAAGACGUUUGUGCUUUAGGAAACUGGAGGACAGCAAGCCAACCAACUCCUGGUCACAAUAACAGUUUGGGCUUUGAAUUUCACAUAUCAAUUUCAUAGCACAUUUUAGCCACUAUGGAUUGGCAUAAUAAAGAGAAAAGUUGAUGCAAUGUGAUGCUUUAUGGCGCCUCAUUCUAAUCCAAUAGCUUGUUUAGAAAAACUCAUCUAUUUAAAAAAAUAGCAACAUUUUAGAUCGGUGGUCCUGUGGGGCCACUAGUGAGAGAUGCGAGUUUUAAGACGAGUCAAGAAUGAAGAAUAGCUUAAUGUUCGUGUUUUGAAAGUCUGAAGGGCCUAAUUUGAGAUCACUGAUUUCUUAGUGAAGAAGUAUGACUAUAUCAACAGUAAGUUUAAAAAAAAAAAAAAAAAAAAAAAAAAAUGGACCCAGAAACAGCAAAUCUAUUCCAUCCU